GCAGCAGGCAGCCACGCCAGCGCCUCUCAGCUGCAUCAGGAGACUCCAGAGGGUCAGGCCGAGGGUGCAGGCUGCUCCAACUGGCCUCCCAAGGAAAAGAGCUCAAGUAAAUAAUUGAUGGAGAUUGAUCGGACCCGAGACAAAGCUUUGCUGGAAACCAAUACAUCCGAUUUUAAGCGGUUUCGGAGUCUUCUGCCAAAUACAGGAAAUGGGAGUAGGGCAAGGAUUUUGAUGAGCCAGGCUGAUAAUUCUCCAUCUCGGGCGUGGCUCUGGCCUUUUUUGUCUUCUUGCCUCCCAUCAGCUACCCCUGUUCUCCAUCCUCACCUACUCUUUCCUCUUUAAGCAACCACUCCCUUUACUUCUCUCCUGCCCUCCCUCCAAUCCCGCCCUCUUUCCAGCCCAGUCCGGUGAGGUCAGCUCAUGAAUACUGCUGUACUUCCUGGGGGAGCGUCUGGCACAGCUUGGUACCCUGAGCAUUGUCCUGCUGCAGUUGCAAUUCCAGCCCAGCUAAGCACCCGCCGGCUAGGAACCCGCUCCCAGAGUUCCGCGUCUUUGUAGUUACCGCCUUUGUUUGGCGAACCUGAGUGGGUGUGGAUCCCAUUCAAGCAAGCCUGCUCAGCAAGAAAGUCUUCUAGAAUAUUAUGAAGUUGAACACUCUCUGAAAGAUGGAAAAAUAACCUCUAGGGCUCCGAAAUAUCAGGAAGAAAGCUGUGCUGAUUUGCAUCAACUUCCUGGAAGCGACGCCUCUGCAGAGAACUUAGAAAGGAAGGUUGGUGGCAAAAAGGAAAGAAGAGGAUGGUGUAGAGAUGGACGGUUCCAAGUCACAUCCGGUAGGUUCUCCCUAGACUGCCAUGAGUCAGCCACCGUCCGGGGGCGCUGCCCCAGUCGCAACCUCAGCUUCUGCCGCCACCGCAGCCACGGAGGCUCGCCUGCACCCGGAGGGCAGUAGCAGAAAGCAGCAACGAGCUCAAUCACCUGCUAGGCCUAGGGACAAUUCUUUCCGACAGACCGCCGCGGCCACGCGGUCCCCUCUUGGCGUCGGCACUAAACUCAAUUCCGUUCGGCAGCAGCAGCUGCAGCAGCAGCAGCAGCAGCAGCAGCAGGGUAACAAGAUAACCGGUCGUGGCGCCUCUGGAGCCGGCUCCAGAGGAUGCGGAGGCGGGGCGGAGAAGGCAACGCCCGUGGUACCCAAAGGGGCUGCUCCAGGAGCUGUCCAGCCCGCGCCUGGUGCUGAAGGGCCCCCCGCGGCGAUCCUGGCCUCUGUGAGCUCCAGGAGGCCCGGGCCGCCAGAGGAGCCAUCCCGGGAGAUAGAAUCAGUGCCCUCGAAAGUCGGGGAACCCCCUCCGCUCGGGGGAGGAGGAGGGGGCGGGGAAGGAGGAGGAGCCGGCGGCGGCCCGGGGGACCGGGAGGGGGGCGCUCCGCAGCCGCCGCCGCCCAGGGUUUGGCGAGGAAAAGGCGUCCGCGCAUCUCAGAGGGGUAGUAGCGGCGGGGAGGGGGUCUCCCCUUCGCCACCCACCGCUGCUGCAAGCAGAGCCCCCGGCCCGGGCAGCAGAAACUCUGGAAGCGGCGUCGCAGGGGGCGGCAGCGGAGGUGGAGGGAGCUACUGGAAGGAGGGAUGUCUGCAGUCUGAGCUCAUCCAGUUCCAUCUCAAGAAGGAGCGGGCUGCAGCGGCGGCGGCCGCGGCUCAGAUGCACACUAAAAACGGUGGCGGUGGCAGCCGCAGCUCCCCUGUCGCCGGCGCCCCUGCCAUCUGUGAGCCCCUUGUGGUCCCCUCCUCCUCCCCAAUGGCGGCCGCCGCCGAAGGCCCCCAGCAGAGCACAGAGAGCAGCGGCAACGGCGGGGCCAUGCAGGCGGCGGCUCCCCCUUCGUCGCAGUCGCACCCGCAGCAGCUCCAGGAGCAGGAAGAUAUGCAGGAGGAGAUGGAGAAGCUUCGGGAAGAGAACGAAACUCUCAAGAACGAGAUCGACGAGCUGAGGACCGAGAUGGACGAGAUGAGGGAUACUUUCUUCGAGGAGGACGCCUGUCAGCUGCAGGAGAUGCGCCAUGAGUUGGAGAGAGCCAACAAAAACUGCCGGAUCCUGCAGUACCGCCUCCGCAAAGCCGAGCGCAAAAGGCUCCGCUACGCGCAGACCGGGGAAAUUGAUGGCGAGCUGUUGCGCAGCCUGGAGCAGGACCUCAAGGUUGCAAAGGAUGUAUCUGUGAGACUUCACCAUGAACUGGAAAAUGUGGAAGAAAAGAGAACAACAACAGAAGAUGAAAAUGAGAAGCUGCGGCAGCAACUUAUAGAAGUUGAAAUUGCGAAGCAAGCCUUACAAAAUGAACUGGAGAAAAUGAAGGAGCUAUCCUUAAAAAGAAGAGGAAGUAAAGAUUUGCCAAAAUCUGAAAAAAAGGCUCAACAGACACCCACAGAGGAGGACAAUGAGGAUCUGAAGUGCCAGUUGCAGUUCGUUAAGGAAGAAGCUGCCCUGAUGAGAAAGAAAAUGGCCAAGAUUGAUAAAGAAAAAGACCGAUUUGAGCACGAACUCCAAAAGUACAGAUCUUUCUAUGGGGACCUGGACAGCCCUCUCCCCAAAGGAGAAGCUGGGGGACCUCCAAGCACGAGGGAGGCGGAGCUCAAGCUGCGGCUGCGGCUGGUGGAGGAAGAGGCUAACAUCCUGGGCAGGAAAAUAGUAGAACUCGAGGUGGAGAACCGUGGCCUGAAGGCGGAACUGGACGACCUGCGGGGCGACGACUUCAAUGGCUCCGCCAACCCCCUCAUGAGGGAGCAAAGCGAGUCCUUGUCAGAGCUGCGGCAGCACCUGCAGCUGGUGGAAGACGAGACCGAGUUGCUGCGGAGGAACGUGGCCGACCUGGAGGAGCAGAACAAACGUAUCACUGCGGAGCUCAACAAGUACAAGUACAAGUCCAGCGGCCAUGACAGCUCGAGGCACCACGACAGCGCCAAGACCGAGGCCCUGCAGGAGGAGCUGAAGGCAGCGCGCCUGCAGAUCAAUGAGCUGAGCGGCAAGGUCAUGCAGCUGCAGUACGAGAACCGCGUGCUUAUGUCCAACAUGCAGCGCUACGACCUGGCCUCACACCUGGGUAUCCGUGGAAGCCCCCGCGACAGUGAUGCAGAGAGCGAUGCGGGCAAGAAGGAGAGCGACGAUGACUCCCGACCACCCCAUCGUAAGCGAGAAGGGCCUAUUGGUGGCGAGAGCGACUCCGAGGAAGUGCGGAACAUCCGCUCGCUCACGCCCACCCGCUCCUUCUACCCCACACCCGGUCCCUGGCCCAAGAGCUUCUCGGAUCGACAGCAGAUGAAGGACAUCCGCUCCGAGGCCGAGCGCCUGGGAAAGACCAUCGAUCGGCUCAUCGCAGACACAAGCACCAUCAUCACUGAGGCGCGCAUCUACGUGGCCAACGGGGACCUAUUCGGACUGAUGGACGAGGAGGACGACGGCAGCCGCAUCCGGGAGCACGAACUGCUCUACCGCAUCAACGCUCAGAUGAAGGCUUUCCGCAAGGAGCUGCAGACCUUCAUCGACCGCCUGGAGGUGCCCAAGUCUGCGGAUGACCGCGGCGCCGAGGAGCCCAUAUCCGUGAGUCAGAUGUUCCAGCCCAUCAUUUUACUUAUUCUCAUCCUUGUAUUAUUUUCAUCACUUUCUUACACAACAAUAUUUAAACUUGUCUUCCUUUUCACACUGUUUUUUGUACUGUAAAUCUUUCCCCA